AUGUGGUACGAGAUCUUACCAGGCCUCUGCGUUAUGGCUGGCUGCCUGAUGGUUCUCGGACUCGCUACCAUCUACCUUCACAGGGGGACGAACGACAGCAGGGGAAAAUGGAUUGCUCAUUUACCAUGUCAUUGGACCCUGCUGGAUCAAGACAGAGGAGCGUCUGGUUGCAAAACCUAUUAUAAAUCAAGGGGAUUAGAAAACAUCGACUGA